AGUUUGCAGUGUCUCGUGCAGCUUACGAGAUCUUCCUAACAACGUAGAAUACUAAACGACAAAAGUUAUUGUUGGUGAAUCAAUUUUAAAGAUAGUAAACCAGCGAAACGCGUCUCAAUAAAAAUGUAGUAAAAAUAUUUCGAAAGAAUUAAAUAUUUAUUGAUCAGAUCAAAUCUGCGAGAAUGCAUUCUGAUAACACCUGUCAUUAAAAGUCAUUGCAUAAUCACGAAAGGUACAAAAAAUUGCCACGUGAAUCUUGUUAUACAUCACGGUGUCUUAUCGGCAAACUCGAGGGAUAGAAUGGCCAAUAAAACAACGACCAACCUAAAAUCGCAGGAGCAAUCCGCAAGAACCGCGGUGCAGUCACAACUUGCCAGAAUUAAAAUACAGGAAGAAGAAGAAUUAUGGAUAUCAGGUGAGGAACUAUACACGGAGGGUAGCAGCGACGAAGAAGAUUACAAAACAAAGUCAAGAUCACGUCGCAAAAUAAAUAGUAAUCAAUCGUCGCGUGCCUCUUCUGCUAACCACAGCCUUGAGAGGAGACGAUCUCGUUCGCCCCUUUCCUCUGAAAGCAAAACAAGGUUGAUCCAUUCCGCCGAUUCCUCUAUAAAUAGUAUUACAAAAAAACAAACAGUAUCCAAAACCACGUCAAAAUUCGAUAAACCCUCCGCGUCGUUCGAGCAAUUAGCGGGUCCAUCGUCAGCAGAAUCUCACGAGGUGCAACGUUUUUCCAUACCGCAAUCAUCUGAUGUUUGUAUCGCGAAAGACGAUAAUUUUUCUGAUUUGUAUACCGAAGAUGAUGAGGUAGAGAACACGGAAAUAUCGUGGAAAGCGAAAAGAGGUAGUUUCGUAUUACACGAUACAAGUAAUGCCGCUAAAGAAGAGUCAAACAAAUGCUGACACACGCUAAGAUAAUUUUGUCGGCGUUAUUGUAUUUUUAAGAAAGAGUAUUUUUAUUUAGAAGCGCCAGGGUUAUGUGUCUCUUGUAUUUAUGUAAAUCAUUAGUUUAGAGUAGUUAUUUAAAUGUCUUCUAAAUGAUCUCUCUUCCAAUGUAUAUCUCUGCAUUUCCGCAAAAUAUGAAAUGUAGUUCGCGUGUUCUUGUCUAUUUUUUUUUUUUUUUUGUUAUAUGUACACGACGUUUCGUGCAAAAUGUUAUAAUCCUACUUUUUAUAGGACUAUGAUGAAAAGUAUUAUUGGCAGAAUUCUUUUUUUUAUCUUUUGUUGAAGUAUAAAGAAAAAAUGUAUCACUGCCUGUGAUAGUUCUUGAAAAUAUAGCUUGUAACAAUUUGUAUGAAACGUAUUGUAUAUUACGAUUAUAUAGGAUUAGAAUUAUAAAUAAUAUACGUAAAAGCAGAUAUCGACAAUACGAUAAACACUUUGGAGGAACUAAGAUCGUACGAUGAAACAUCCGAAUUGGGCACGCAAUCGUUAGAAGGUUUCAGUUUGCCGCAUAUCGGUGUGAAAUCGUUUGAAAAUUCCUCAUUUAUCUCGAAUAAAAUUGAUAUUUCGAGUAUAGAUAAAAAAGAGAAAUGGGUGAAAAAACAAAUUUUGAAGGUCAAAAAUCUCGAUGGUCUUAUACGCGAAGUGAGCGAUAAAGUAAAGGUAAAUAUUAUAUUCCUUGGGAAACAUUGUUGACUCUACAGUGAAUGUAAAAACUUCAUAAUGUAGAAAGCAAAAGAAGAAACUUUGAUUUAUCAAUGUGAAAAUCGAAAAAGGCUUAAACAAAUCUUAUCGUCCAGUCCCCCUGAAGUUGGUAAACUAGCUGAAAAUACACGCAAAUUUUUCGAUUUAUGUCCAAGAUAUAUGAUGCUUACUACAAGUACGACAAUAAAAAUGAUGCACAAAGAAAGAUCGAUAAUAAUGUAUUUUUCGGGUAUUUAUGAAUCUGUGAAA